UUCCCAUCCACCACAUAGUUGUAGUUAUAGAUCCCCUCCCUGAGUACGUAUUAGGAUUACUACUAGUAAUGGGACUUCUCCCAUGUCCUCUAGCAUGCCACUCAAAUGAAGACUCAGAUACUCCCCUAUCUCGCUCCACAACCCACCUCCACUCCGACUCCUCUCUCUCCUCCCAGCCCAGCCUCCCCUCUGUCCCUUCCCUAACCUCCCAGAAAUCCCAACCCCACGACCCAUCACAGCCCCUUUCCACCACCCGCCACCGCCUCGUCUCCACCCUCAAAGGUCACUCCUCCGCCGUCUUCUCCCUCGCCCUCGCCGGCAAACACCUCUACAGCGGCUCCUCCGACAGCGAAAUCCGCUCCUGGAGCCGCGACCCCUCCACCCCAAACCCCGACAACAAAACGGUGAUCCCGUCCUCCCACGGCGCGGUCAAAUCCAUCGUCGUUUCCGGCGACACGCUCUUCACCGCCCACCAGGACCACAAGGUCCGCGUCUGGAAGAUCGACAAUCCUACAAAGUACUACCCCUGCGUGAAUACGUUACCAACCGUCAGGGACCGCUUCGCGCGGUUCUUCAGCGCCAAGGACUACGUGGAGGUGCGGCGGCACAAGAAGCGCACGUGGGUGCACCACGUCGACGCCGUCUCGGCUCUCGCUUUGUCCCGAGACGGGUCCCUGUUGUACUCCUCCUCGUGGGACCGGACCUUCAAGGUGUGGAGGACGUCGGAUUUCAAGUGCCUGGAGUCCACCUGGAACGCCCACGACGACGCGAUCAACGCGGUGGUCGUGUCAUCCGUCGACGGGAGCGUCUACACCGGCUCGGCUGACAAGAGGAUCAAGGUAUGGAAGAGACACGAGGGAGAGAAGAAACACAGGCUGGUGGACACGUUGGAAAAACACAAGUCUGCCGUUAAUGCCUUGGCUCUCAGCACUGACGGGUCCGUUUUGUAUUCCGGAGCCUGUGAUCGGUCCAUAAUUGUGUGGGAAAAGGAUGGUUGUAGUACUUGUGGCAGCGGCGGCCAAGGCGACGUAGAUGGGCGGCACAUGUCGGUGGCUGGUGCGCUGAGGGGGCACAAGAAGGCGAUUCUGUGCCUGGUGGCGGUGGCGGAUUUGGUGUGCAGCGGGUCGGCCGAUAAAACGGUUAGGAUUUGGAGGAGAGGGAGUGAGAGGGAUUAUUCUUGUUUGGCAGUGCUGGAAGGGCACAGGGGACCGGUUAAGUGUCUGGCUGCAGCAGUUGAUACCUGCAGUGGUGAUGGCAAUUCUAGCUCUGGAACUAGUUAUAACAUCUAUAGUGGAAGUUUGGAUUUCGAUAUUAAGGUCUGGCAAGUAUGGGUUCCCUUGGUUUCGUCGUAGAUUCGAAAUGUACCUAAGCUGAUCCAGACCUCUUUAGCCGAACAUUAAAAGAAUAUUCCCUUUACUUGGUUUUCUUUUGAGGGAAAUAGGGGCCAAAUUAUUGUAGAUAAGUGAUAAAUUUUUGUUUUGUUUUUGAUUUAUUACUUGUGUGGGUAAUAUGAGACGAUUUACUUGACUUUGCGAAGUUGAGAUGGAGCAGGCAUAGUUUUGUGUGUUGACUACUAUAAAAGACUUGGACUUGGAAUGGAAUGUUUUGUUUGCGGA